AGACUUGCUUGCUAUCUUUUAAUUUGGUUUAAAAGAGCUUUUGGGUCACACAAACAGGAGCCUAACUUGAAUUUUGAGGACCAUGGGUUCAGAAGGAAAUGGAGGAGGAGUGAGCAAGAACAACGUGGAAGAAGGCCCCAUCACCAGAAGUGAUGGACUCAAAGGGAUGUUCAGAUACAACUCCCCAAUUGUGCAGGUAAGCCUUAUUGGUCUAGUUUGCUUCUGUUGCCCUGGCAUGUUCAAUGCCCUCUCUGGCUUGGGUGGGGGUGGCCAACUCAAUCACAGAGUUGCUAACAAUGCAAACACCGCACUUUACACAACCUUUGCCAUCUUUGGAGUCCUUGGAGGUGGUAUCUACAAUGUUCUUGGCCCCAACCUCACUCUCUUUGCUGGUUGCUCGACCUAUGUCCUAUAUGCUGGUUCCUUCCUCUAUUAUAAUCACCAUCCGCACCAAGCCUUUGUUAUAGUGGCUGGUGCCGUACUAGGUGUGGGAGCUGGCCUCUUAUGGGCAGGGCAGGGCGCCAUCAUGACUUCUUACCCGCCGCCCGGUCGAAAGGGCACAUAUAUCUCUCUGUUUUGGAGCACUUUCAAUUUGGGGGGAGUCGUAGGAGGCCUCAUCCCCUUCGUUUUGAAUUAUCAUAGAACUGAGGCGAAAUCGGUGAAUGAUGGAACGUAUAUAGCGUUCAUGUGCUUCAUGUCAUUGGGCACAGUCCUCACCCUCUCCAUGCUCCACCCGAGUGAGGUGGUGCGUGAUGAUGGUACACGAGCCACCCUGGUUCGAUACUCUAAUGUGUCGUCUGAGUCAAUUGAGAUUUUGAAGCUCUUCUUGAAUUGGAAGAUGCUCCUCAUCAUUCCGGCUUCUUGGGCUAGCAAUUUCUUCUAUACAUAUCAAUUUAACAACGUGAAUGCGAUGAUGUUCAAUUUGAGGACAAGGGGUUUGAACAAUGUGUUCUAUUGGGGGGCUCAGAUGAUUGGGUCAGUUGGGAUUGGGUAUAUCUUGGACUUUAGCUUUUCGAGCAGGAGGACCAGGGGGCUUGUGGGGAUUGGAAUUGUGGCGUUAUUUGGCACAGCGGUGUGGGGGGGUGGGCUUGCCAACCAGUUGAAUUACUCGGUAAAAAACCCACCAAAGAACGUGCUCGAUUUUAAGACUUCAGGGUCUGAGUAUGCGGGGCCAUUUGUGCUUUACUUUUCUUAUGGAUUAAUGGAUGCCAUGUUUCAGACCCUGAUCUAUUGGGUGAUUGGAGCAUUGGCCAAUGAUUCAGAGACUCUAAGCAGGUAUACUGGGUUCUACAAAGGGGUCCAGAGUGCGGGGGCUGCAGUGGCAUGGCAGGUGGAUGAACACCAGACAGCACUAUUGUCACAGCUGAUUGUUAACUGGUCUCUCAUGACCGUAAGUUACCCAUUGCUGGUAGUGUUGAUUCUGUUAGCUGUGAAGGAUGGGGAUAGGGCCGAAGCUACUACUACAUCUAUCCCUCCUGCAACUAUAGUGGAGGGUCUUGGGGAUGGUGGGGCUGAGAAGGCUGUGUGAGAAUCAAAUAAGUUGUAAAUAUGUCCUUUGCUUUUCUUUGUUUCUCUUCCUCUUCGUGUUUCUAUUGGCAGAAUAAUUUAGAUGAUGGAUGAUUGGAGGAGUUUAUUGUAAGCUGUUUUUUAGAAAGUUAUUGAAAUUUGAUAAAUUUAUUAAUCAAAGUCUUAUCAAUUGUUUGUUUGCUUGUAGCGACUGGUUGCCUUUGUGAAUCCCAGUAUAUAUUUAAAUGGGGAAAAGUGCUGUGUUUAUUGCAGGAUAUAAACACUCUGACUGUCCAUCUGAUGUCAACAGUUCCCCUAAUACCACUCUUUCUUAAUACAAAUGUUUAACAGUUCCCCAAAAAAAAAUGAAAAGAAAAUUU